AUGGACAGCCCGCUCCUCUCCCCCGCAAAGGCGCGUCAAUCCGCCAUCCAGGCCAAGGACUGGGCCUAUGUAAACUCAUGGCUAAGUCGCCAUUAUGCGCCGAAUCCUAUCCCGAAUUUCGAGCGCAACCAAGAUACCCUACGCACACUUCUCGCUUUAGCUGCUGCCAACGACGCAGCCGAUGAAGAGGCAGCCUUGCUACACCGAGCGCGCGAAGAGGCGAUACAAGAGUUCAAGACGCGAGAGAGCGCUGAGGAGACCCAGAAACAAGAGCUGCUGGACGAGUUGGAGCUUUGCCUAGGGGAGAGCGGGAAACGCGAUCUCGACGAUCUGGCAGAAACUACUGCGGCGUUGGGGGCGCUCAGCACCGAGACCAAGGACCUUGGCCAGUCCAUUAUCGAGCUCACCUUAGAAGAGUUCGAGAUGAAGGGACAGCUGUCUGAGGUGGAAAAGAUGCAUAAACACCUGGAGGAGGAGUUGAGUACGCUACGGGAACAGCUUGCAGAGCUCAAGAGUGAUCCUGCGUAUGAAGUCUCCGGCGAUUUGCCCGCACUCACGGCGGAGUGGUUGAGAGGAACCAAGAUGCUCACUGCCAAGGUUGCAGAAUAUCACGAUAGGCUUCAGGUGAUGGAGAGGAACAAAUAUCAGGGCUUGACGAUAGAGGAAUUGGCUGCGGAAGAAAAGCAAAUUACGCAGGCCAAGGAAACGGUCGAGUCGCUGAACCACAGAAUCCAGAUGUUUCACGAUCUGCCCCAAGACAUACAAGGCGCUCGUGCUCAGUACAAGCAGCUGGAGCGAGAGCUUGACAGACUCAUUCAGCGACGAGACUCGAUGUUCGAGAGACUUGUGGACCAUCGAUGA